CCAGAGCAGCUAAACUACUCACAAGAGUCAGAGAUAGAGGAAGAUUGUGUGUGUGUGGAAACGAGAAAUGGCGGUUCCCGUUUUUAGGAUUGGGAUUCCAGAGAGUCAACAGCUUUGUGCUGCCCAUUUGCAUAGUCCCAGACUACCAAACGGGAAUUCAAUUCCAAGGAAAAGUACACAACUUUUUUGUACUUCAUCACAAGAGCUCAACCCAGUACGUUGCAGCAGGUCACAAUUGUCCUUCUGUGUUGGAACUUAUCUCAUUCCUCAUCCGAACAAGGUUGAGAGAGGUGGGGAAGAUGCUUUCUUUGUUAGUGGCUACAAAGGGGGAGUUAUUGCUGUUGCUGAUGGUGUUUCUGGUUGGGCUGAACAGAAUGUGGAUCCCUCGCUAUUUUCUCGGGAAUUAAUGGCAAAUGCUUCCUAUCUUGUGGGAGACGAGGAGGUACAAUAUGAUCCUCGGAUUCUAAUAAGGAAGGCACAUGCUGCUACCUCAUCCACGGGUUCAGCUACAGUUAUUAUUGCUAUGCUAGAGGAGAAUGGGAUUAUAAAGAUUGCCAAUGUUGGUGACUGUGGACUACGGGUACUCAGAGAAGGUCAUAUCAUUUUUUCAACAUCUCCCCAAGAACAUUAUUUUGAUUGCCCAUACCAACUAAGUUCAGAGACAUUUGGCCAAACAUAUCUUGAUGCCAUGGUUAGCAACUUGGAGCUAAUAGAGGGAGAUGCUGUAGUUAUGGGAUCAGAUGGGCUUUUUGAUAAUGUUUUCGAUCAUGAAAUUAUCUCAACAAUGGGGAAGCCGUGCAAUGUGGCUGAGGCUGCAAAGGCAUUGGCUAACCUCGCAAGCUACCAUUCAACGGACACAAACUUUGAUUCUCCAUAUUCGAUAGAAGCCAGAACCAAGGGUUUGGAUGUUCCUUGGUGGAAGAAGAUUCUCGGCAACAAGUUAAUAGGUGGAAAACUUGAUGAUAUCACUGUGAUAGUUGGGCAGGUUGUAAGCUCAUCAGCUUCAACCACUGAAACCAUUGAGGGGAAUCGGAUUAUGUAGCUUCUUCCAAUGGCAAAAGGGAAAGUAUUUUCUUUCUCUGGUAAAGAAAUUAUUAUAUGUACAAAACAAUUUAUGUAUUCAAAGAGAUUUUGAGUCUUAGAAAGAUUCAAAAGAACUAAUUUUGCUGACAACAAAAUGAAGAGAGUAAAAGAACAAGAGAAAUAUGUUACAUUUCAUUAACUACUAAAUUCAAUAAUUGAUAUGUCCCUUAUUUUAUAA